UCAAAAAAGAAAAAAAAGGGAGGGGUUAUAAUCACUCCUCCUGACAUGAUACAGAGUAUCCAUUUGAGUUCAUAACAUAAAUAUGUACUUGGUGAAUGCUCUAUAACUAUUGGCUUUUUUUAUUGUCCCCAUUUUACAUAUAAGGAAGCUGAGGCUUUGUAAGGAGAAAUAGCUUAGCCCAGGUCAUCCAGUGGGAAGCGUCUGGUGCAGAGGAAUAGUGAUCAUGGUGGGACAUUGCCUAGCCUAAGGUUCAGCAUCCAAUAUUCAGUCAGUACUGGAGGGCUGGGCUGUUUCUCGUAAUCAAAGGGCUGCCUUGUUCUCCUGCCCCACAGCACAGGAAAUUCCAAGGUGGUUUUCUUUACUGGCUUCUCCGCUUCUGUCGCCAGAGGGGACAGCGGAGGAGCCCAGGUAUCUAAGCCGACUCAAGAGAAGAUGGAAUUGAAUAUCUCAACCACCUUGUCUAGGCCUCUGUGAUUUUUGAGGAGGGGGCUGUCACUGGGAAAGUUGUGAGCUGCUUUGGACCUUAUCUGGGAAUUUCCUUGGGCUUACAGCCUUUACCCUAUCCUUGAAAUGGUUCUGGUUGUGUAGCAACUUCUAGGUGGUGUGGGCGAAGUUUGGGACUGGUUUAGGGCGGGGACAAGACCAAGAACACAAGUUUCCUUGUGCUAUGGGAGAGAGGGAGGGGAGGAAAUUGGAGACCCCAGUACCCCCUUGCUGACUCUCUUGCUCACAGUCCACGAUGGCCUGGUCCCUGGUGUUCCUCGGUGUCAUCAUCUUGCUGUCUGCCUUCUCCGGACCUGGUGUCAGGGGUGGCCCCAUGCCCAAGCUGGCUGACCGGAAGCUGUGUGCGGACCAGGAGUGCAGCCACCCUAUCUCCAUGGCUGUAGCCCUUCAGGACUACGUGGCCCCCGACUGCCGAUUCCUGACCAUUCACCGGGGCCAAGUGGUGUAUGUCUUCUCCAAGCUGAAGGGCCGUGGGCGGCUCUUCUGGGGAGGCAGCGUUCAGGGAGAUUACUAUGGAGAUCUGGCCGCUCGCCUGGGCUAUUUCCCCAGUAGCAUUGUCCGAGAGGACCAGACCCUGAAACCUGGCAAAGUCAAUGUGAAGACAGACAAAUGGGAUUUCUACUGCCAGUGAGCUCAGCCUACCGCUGGCCCUGCCGUUUCCCCUCCUUGGCUUUAUGCAAAUACAAUCAGCCCAGUGCAAACGG